AAGACUUAAUUGAACCAGCCAUUAUCACAAACAACAUCAAUACCCAUAUUCCAUUUUCCAUCCACAUGCAUUUCUCAAAGCCAUUAAUCCCGUUUUGGCUCUCCUUUUGCCUCUUCUUCUUCCCCACCACCGUUCUCUGUGCAGGCCCUCUCUACCGCAUUUGCUUUGGUAGCAACUCAUCAAGCGCCAUCUAUCAAUCCAACGUGAAUGACCUAGGAAACCUCCUCCAAGACAAAGUUGCUCAAACUGGAUUUGCAGUCGCCUCCGUCGGGAACGGCGAAAACCGAGCCAACGGCCUAGCCUUGUGCCGGGGUGAUACCUCAAGCUUGCCCUGCAAAACUUGUGUUGCUGAGGCGAGCAAAAGGCUCAGAGAUCGUUGCCCGACCAGGGAAGGAGCCAUCAUAUGGUAUGAUAACUGCCUCUAUAAGUACUCGAACGAGGAGUUCUUCGGGGACAUUGACAAGAAGCACAAGUUUUAUAUGGUCAACACCGAAGACGUGAAAGAUCCGGAGGUUUUUAACAUGAAAACAAAGAACUUGCUGAGCCAAUUGGUGAGCAAAGCUUAUGUGAACCCAAUGCUGUAUGCUGCUGAUGAGGUAGAGCUUGAUGAAUCAAAGAAGCUCUAUGGGCUGGUGCAAUGCACAAGAGAUCUUUCGAGAAGUAACUGUAAGAAGUGCCUUGAAGAUGCAGUGGAUGAGCUUUUAGAUUGCUGCGAUGGAAAAGAAGGAGGAAGAGUGGUUGGUGGCAGUUGUAACUUUAGAUAUGAGAUCUACCCUUUCCUUAACAAUUAACAAGUAGUUUGAAGAAAAACAUAUAAACAUGCUUGCUCAGUUUAGAUUAGGCAUGUAUACAUAUAUUUUAAAUAAUAUAUAAUAAUUUUAAAUAAUAA